AUGCCAGCAGGUAGAACUGUCUCUGACCGCCGCACUGAGAUCAUUCAGACCGAGAACCACCCGCUGGAUAGGCUUCGCAAAUUCCUCAGCCAUGAACCUCGCGGACAUGCUGACAUGUACGGGGGCUUUAUCACGCCGCCGGACGACAAGGGUGCGCAUUUCGGCGUGCUGUUCUGGCAUACAAGCGGCUUCUCAACGGCAUGUGGUCAUGGCACCAUCGCCCUAGGGUACUGGGCUGUAUCUAAAGGUCUUGUCGAGGUCCCAGAGAAUGGAGCUGUGGAGGUGGUGGUUGAUGUUCCGUCGGGCCGUGUGUCAGCGUCUGUUACUGUGAGGCACGGCAAGCCAGUGCAUGCGGACUUUAUCAAUAUCUCGAGUUAUCAGAUAGCGAGAGGGUUAUCUGUUAAGAUCCCUUCUCGUGAUGAGGAGAUUCGUGUUGAUCUGGCUUUCGCCGGCGCUGUGAUGGCCUCGGUGAAUGCUGCUGAACUGGGACUCGAGGUCAAGCCAAGUAAUGCGGAUACAUUCAUCAAACUUCAGCGAGAAAUAAAAGCAGCCCUUGGUGAUAGGGCAACUUAUCUCGAUUAUGAGCUAUACGCAGUCAUCUUUUUCGAGGAGGAAAGAGACCACCCAGAUUAUCAGAAGUUAAUCGUCCAGAGAAGCGCUACCGUUUACGGCGAUGGCCAGAUUGACCGGUCUCCUUGUGGUUCUGGAACUUGUGCGAGAAUUGCUACCCUAUUUGGAGACGGUCAGCUUCGAGAGAACCUGAAACUUUUACAUCACUCCAUUAUCGGGUCGGCCUUUGAGGCUCAGAUAGAGUCCUUGAGGACUUGCCCUGUCCCGGGCUUUGAUUCCUGUGUGGUGCGUGUCAGAGGCCAGGCGCAUCUCGUUGCGCAGUCGCGAUUUUUUAUUAAUGAGGAAGAUCCUCUUUCUCCGGGAUUUAUCUUGCGUUAG